AUGCAGCUCAACGAGGCUGACAGCGCCGUCGUAGCGGCUCAAUUGUCGCAACAGCCCCCGCACGUGAAUGGCGGCGGGAACAACGGCGCAACUGAUCCAAUGUCUUCCCAUAACGGUCUACCGACCACUCAACAGCAACCGCUGCUCUCGAAUCCAAGCUCACCACCGACAGCAAAUGCACAGGCUCAGACGAGUCCGCACGUGCUACAGCUGACGCCCGUGCAAGCCGAAGCGCUCGCUAGUUUGGGACUGUCGGCUCUCAUUACGAGCCCGACGACCACAACCGCCAAAUCCGUCACGUCGAAUUCAGAACCACACACACCACAAUCACCUGCAUUUCCACAGCGUGCCGCAGAUAUGAACGCAUCGCCGUUCACGCGGGUCAAUGGGCCGACGCCGGCCGCAAUCGCCGCGAGUUUAGGAGUCGGGGGAGCCCUGACGGCCGCAUCCCGAGCUCUGGCCCACGAGAUGGAGCUGGCGUACCCGACAGCACCUUCCUCGGGUGCACCCUCGAACCCGUCCACCGCACCGCCAACGCCUUACUACUUUGCGUCGCCGGUUGGGAAUGGGGCCAGCGGGAGUGGGGCAGCUACCCCAUCCCUGCAGGCGAUUGCCAGAGCGACGCCGCCCCCUCCUGCGAACUCACCGAUGAUCGCAACGGCGACGCCGGCCUCGAGUAUUGUCCCCCCGCAGCCGGCCCAUUCGGCUCCUCCAACGCGACAUCACCCUUACGCCCAUCCAGCACACCCUCGACCUCUGCAUGCGAAUACGGCGUCCGUGUCCUCCAUCCCGCACUAUCUCUCCACCAGUGUCGCUGCAUCACCGGCGGCCGACUCGCCCCUAUCGACCCCACCGAUGCCUUCCACGGCGUUCUCUCCCGCCCCGCCGAUACCUCCACCGCGAGUCCAGUCGGCCCCGAUUCACAUCACUUCGAACAAUGGCGAGCUGCUCCCUGGCGAGGGGCAAUACACCGCCGAAGACGAGUACGGACGGGCCUCGAAUGCUCUCGCAUCUGCAUUAGAACAACAGCAUCACCACCAACAGCAGCAACAGCAACAACAGCAGAAGCAGCAACAACAGCAGCAAGCCCAAGCUCAGCUUCAUGCUGCCCAAGUCGUCCACGCCCAGGCGCAUGCGCAGCAGGUUCAGGCGGAUUGGGAAGCGCGAAGACUGCAGCACAACAAUCUCGCUGCGGCGAUGGAGUCUAGUGCGGUGAUCGGAGACUGGGAAGGCGAUCGGGGUAUGGCGGAUGCCUCGCCGCAGCUCCUGGGCAUAGAGGAAGCUCAGGCUCAAGCUCAAACCCAAAGCCAGUCUCUAGCCGCACCUCUGCAACUCGCUGGUCCCGCGUCGUCAGGCCAGCCGACAAACGCUCUUCUCACGACGCCGACGGCGAUGCCUACGACGUCGAAUGGCUACUACGAGUCUCCCAGUGCGCCUCCGGUUGCACCAGCGUUCAACUUCCCACCACCCCCGACCUUCCAGCCCGGUCCGAACCCGCACCCACCACCGAACGAGACCGUCGCAGCUGCGAUCGCAUUGCUCAAAAACCGCUUGCCCAUCUUAGAGGCCGCGCUCACUACGUCAACCAGCGAUCUUGGCAAUGACGAAGAGGAGAUUUGGAAGGGCGUAGCGAGCGCGUACAAGGAACUGAAGCGCAUCAUGAACGCGCGCAAGGGUGCUCGGAGGGAAGCCACAGCAGUUCAACAAAGCGCUGCUCAGAACUUUGCAAUGGAUCUUGAGUCAAACCCACCAACGUCGACUUCUGCGCCACCCACGGAUCGACCCAUUACGGCGAGCACCAUCUUCCUCAACACCCAUGCGCCCCCACUCGUGCACUCGCAGUCUUCGCCCGAAGGGCUGCCGACGAUCGCAACCCAACGAGCGGCGCAGGCCCUGGCUCAAGCAUCGAACGUCCAGUCGAUGCAACGUCAGCAAGUAGCGAUUCAGCAACAGGCGCAGCAGAUGCAACAGAUGCAGCAGAUGCAGCAGGCGGUCGCUCAGCAGCAGCAACACGCCGCUCACGCUCACGAAGCGCAGGUCCAAGCGCAAGCACAGGCUCAAGCUCAAGCUCAAGCACAGGCGCAGGCGCAGGCGCAGGCUCAGGCUCAGAUGCAAGCCGACAUGCACGUACGAGCACAGCAAGAGGCUGCCGAACAACAGGCCCGAGCGGUUGCCGACGCGUCAGCACGAAGAGAGCAACAGUUCCAACAGGAGCAGUACCAGCAAGCCGUUUCAGCUCAACAGCAACAACAACAUGCCGCCGCUGUCGCCGUUCAGGCCCAACAUGUGCUUCAGGCCGAAGUGAGUCGCUUCUUAUCAGGUUCUGAACUAAUUAGUUUUCCGCGUGCUCACCGCGGAACCCUUUCGCUUUGGCCAGCAACAGCAUCGCCAAGAUUUCGAGGCCCAGACGAACGCAGUAGCUGCUCAACAGCAGCAAGAUUUCGUCUUGGCAGCGACCGCUGCCGCUGCAGCAGCAACCCAACUACCUUCGGGAGCAGUGGCAGCCAAUGGCAGCGUGCCGUCUCACUCGCCGAUGCCGAUGCCGCCUACCAUGGCCACCAUCACUUCGGUCAACUCGACUCAGUCCCACCCCCUGUCGCCGAAUACGAUGCAAGCCAAGCUUUACGGUCGCGCUCGCACUGUCUCACAACCCACCCUCGGCGCUUUUGCGACGAGCUCGGCUCCGCUGUCUGCGUACGAUGCCGACUACUCGAUGGGCGCAGUGAUGCAACUGCAGAUGUCUCUCGGAUCAGCUUCCGCGAUCGGGGGAGUGCAUCCUCAGCCCGGUACCCACCCAGCCCUGACGGCACUCUACCCGGAGGUCGUGGAAACAAGCAUGCUCGCGGGCGGAUCUUCGGCCGAAUCUGCCUUCGACGACAUGAACAGAAGCGGGUGGAGGAGCGACCCAACACACGCCGCCUUGACGGCCGCGGUGACGAGCGUAGUCGAACCAACACUAGCAGCGCACGUCUCGCUCCAAUCCCCGACCAGUGCAGGUGCUACACCGACCAUCAGCUCGCGGCCGGCUCGGUCACGGGCAGCCUCCGGCUCGGGCUAUGCUUCGGCUUCGGGCUCUCGUUCUCGCGCGGCUUCAGGCUCGGGCUACCAGACUCUCUCCGAAACUCGCUCUCGCGCGGCAUCCUCGGCCAGCUCGGUGUUUGGCCCACCUUGCGAGGUCGAUGACGAGGACGAGCUCGAGGACGAGUUCGAAGACGCCGUCGUCAUCAAGUCCAACGCCGCGAGCUCGCUGGCGCAAACCUACGCGACUGUCUCACCCGAACUCCGCGCACGUAUGGACCCCGUUUUCAAUGAGUACCUGUGCGAUUUGUGCUCGAACCUCGAAGCGACGGACUCGAAGGGCGAGGUCAUUCAUCAGACUUUGAUGGCCAAGAAGAUGGAGCGGCUGGACCAGAGCGCCGAUUUCCGCCCCUUCAAAUUCCGAAUAGCAGCCUUUACCUCCGCCUUCAGCGAGCGCCUCGUCGCUGCAGGAUUCGCUGAUGUCGACAUCCCGACCAAACGCGUGCGGCAGUACUUAUGGUCGCAGUCGUGCAUUUCGCGAUACAACGACGACGGCAAGAAAGCCAAAUCGAAAGGGAACCACAUCUGGACGAUUGAAGCCAAGAAGGAUCCCGAACGACGAUGGGUGUUCCGCACGUUCGAGCGCUGCAUCAAGGGAAACGCACCUCAGGUUGCCUUCGUCGGUUUGCUGUGGACGUGGGCGCCGCGAGUGUGGGACCCACAAUGUUCGAUCUCGCCCGCUCUCGUUACAUUCAGUUCGCCUUCUUUACCAACAUGGCUGCAUUGGCACGAUCACCUGUUGACCGGCGAAGCUCCCGAGUCCGCUCAUGGUCAGACUUUCGAAAUCGAGGCGGUUGCGUAUAUCCAUGGGGCGACCGAUCCGGGCAAACCGAACGAGAUCUCGUCCAAGGUCUCGAUUCUUGUCGCUUCGCCCUCCGAACGAAAUGGUAAGCUUACCUCAUUUCCUUGAGCCCCGAGUUUGCGUUCGGACACUGACAUGAAUCUGCUUGUGCUUCCUUUUGCCUACGUCUUUGCGGCGCAAUAGACGUCCUGUCGUUGAGCAUGUCGAGCGAUCACGAUGUCUCGGCGCCCGUUUCUCAAUCGGCGAGCCCUGUCAUUUCAAGAGACACCUUCUUCUCACCGCGGAUGCAACACGUGUCGUCAACGGACAACGAUGGUCGGGCUGAACUGCAGCAGCAGCAGUAUCACGCCGAGGCAUCGAGAUCGAACUUGCUUCCUUCUCUCAUGGGCGGUCACCCGAUGAACCAGGGUCGGCCCGAGUCGCCCUCUUCUACGCUCGCACAGCAUCAGCAGCACCAGCAGAAUCAAGAGGUCGCGCAUAAUCGACAACAAGAGCAACUGCUGCUCCAGCAGCAAAUGUACGCGCAAGCCGCGGGUCAAAUGCAACUCGACUCGGAUCUGAACAUGGUCAACACCUCUGCCGACGAUGCGGCGAUGGAGUCUGAUUCGGCCAGCUUGCAUCGACAAUACGCCGCUAUGGGGGUGCAAAGCCUCGGCGCAUCACCCACGAGCUUCGAACAGCAGAUGCAAUCGCAGACAGCCGUUGCGCUCUCGUUCGCCCCGGCCGCCGAACUCGUAGCGAAUACGCUCCACCAGGUCCAGGGCGAUGGCUCCACCCCUAAAAGCUGUGAGUAAACUCGAGGUCUUCUUUAUUCGGCCAGCUCGUGACUCUUAGCUCAUAUUCCUUUCCUUCACACUCAAUUAGACAGCAACGGUCUCUUGAACAGCCAUCCCGAAGCGGGCACGGCGUCGCAGAUCGACGUCGGCCUGCGCAACAUCGCUCUGCGCGAUCGUCGAUCCUUCGAUCACGGCGAGCCCAUCUUGUAG